AUGGAGAGGGAUGGAGAGAGGGGAGAAGGGUGGAGAGGGGAGGAUAGGGAUGGAGAGGAGGGGGAGAAGGGUGGAGAGGGGAGGAGAGGAGAGGUAUGGAGCGGAAAGGACGGAUAUCACCCCGAUGGUGACAGCAGGGGGGAGAAGAGGUGCGAGAGGGGAGAAGAGGUGCGAGGGGGGAGAAGAGGUACGAGGUGGGGGAAGGCGCAGCGGAUGGGCGCAGCGGAUGGGCGCAGCGGAUGGGCGCAGCGGAUGGGUGCAGCGGAUGGGCGCAGCGGAUGGGCGCAGCGGAUGGGCGCAGCGGAUGGGCGCAGCGGAUGGGUGCAGCGGAUGGGCGCAGCGGAUGGGCGCAGCGGAUGGGCGCAGCGGAUGGGCGCAGCGGAUGGGCGCAGCGGAUGGGCGCAGCGGAUGGGCGCAGCGGAUGGGCGCAGCGGAUGGGUGCAGCGCGAGAGGAGCGAGGGGAGCGAGGGGCGCGGGAAUCGCCCACCGUUGAGUUAA